GCAGCGCACCGCAGCCUGUCUUUCAACGGAAGCCCGCUCUAUGUACGCGUAUGUCUAUGUGCGACGACCCGGACCUUUCAUCGGGGUCAAACAGGCAUCAAGACGUUUUCAGGAACCAGUGGAGAGGUGGGAGUAGACAUUUGUUGUUGUUGUCACUUCGGCAGUAUCCACUCCCUGUCUGUCUGGCAGUCUGGUCAACGGACCAGCGGAGUGUUUUCUCGGUGUAGGUCGACGUCUCUUCACCGGCGGAUGAAUGGCAAUGACGGCGGUGAGAGCGGUGGCAGCGGGGGGCCCAGCGUCUUUGUCCCGGUUCAGGGGAGCGCUGGUGUCGGCUGUGCUGGGAGACUGUGUCGGCGGAGAGUUUGAAGGAGCGGAGGAGGUUCCUAUGGAGAGUGUGCUGCAGCACCUGAACAGCCUGGACGACGAGACCAAAGGAAAUGGCAUCCUGGAGUACAGUGACGACACAGCAAUGGCACGUUGUGUGGUCCAGUCUCUACUCACCCGUGCCGGCUUUGAUGAGCAGGACAUGGCUCGCAGGUUUGCUAAGGAGUACAGUGCAUCCCCGGGUCGUGGUUAUGGUUCUGGAGUGAUCCAGGUGCUGAAGAAGCUGUCCUCCCCUCAGCUCAGUGACGUGUACCAGCCGGCAAGGGACCAGUUUAAUGGUCGAGGCUCCUUUGGGAAUGGGGGAGCCAUGAGGGCGGCCCCCUUCGCACUGGCUUUCCCUGAUAUGGCGAAUGUUAGAAGGUUUGCCCGUCUGGGUGCCAUGCUGACCCACUCCUGCUCUCUGGGUUACAACGGGGCUGUGCUGCAGGCGUUAGCUGUGCACCUCUCCCUGCAGGGGGCGCUAGACCUGCCCCAGCAGUUCAUCAGCAAGCUAAUCACAGAGAUGGAGGAAGUGGAGGGCAACGAGGCAGCACGCAAUGAUGCCAGAAUCCUAAAGGAAGCAGAGAAGCCAUUCUGUGAGCGCCUCCACAGAGUUAGAGACCUGAUGGACCGGAGCAAGGUCAGCAUAGAGGAGGUCAUUUCUGAACUGGGUAACGGCAUAGCGGCACUCCACUCAGUGCCCACUGCCAUCUUCUGCGUCCUCCACUGCCUGCAGCCCCGGGAAUGCCUUCCAGAGAACUAUGGCGGCGUGGAGAGGACAAUAGCGUACAGCCUGGCCCUGGGAGGGGACACGGACACCAUUGCCUGCAUGGCAGGGGCCAUCGCUGGGGCCCACUAUGGCAUCGAGGCUAUUCCUCAGUCGUGGAUAAGAUGCUGUGAGGGGGCAGAGGAUGCAGACAUGAAUGCAGAGCGACUUCACAUGCUGUACCACCAGUCAACACAAGAGGGCGGGAGUGGGUCAGGGGAGCCGAGCUGUGCAGACGCAUCUGAAAGCCAGUCGAACGCUUCUAACGGAACAGAGAGGAAAACUGGAGCUGAGUGAUUCUUCAACUGGAGUUUGACAAAGGACUCUUGAACACACACACACACACACACACACACACACACACACACACACACACACACACACACACACACACACACACACAAUAUUACACACUUAAACUUAAAAAAUACCUUCAUGUUUUUGGACUGUGUUGGUUAACUGGGAACCUCUGAUUAAGGACAAGUUAUUUCAACACUAAGUAUUUUAUUAGUCAAAGCAGCUCAUUUUCUUUCCAUGUCUUUUUUGGAUCAGCAGGUAUUGAGAGCCCCAAGCUUGCAAAAAGAAUUGCUUAAAAAAAUAAGCAAGGAAGCUAUUUAUUUGGUAACAGAAUAGUGACGCUGAACAAACAAAACAAUCGUGUCACCAGACAAGACUAGAUUGACUGUGUGAUAACUGUCAUACAGAAAUUCGGUCUGUGUAUGCAUACACUGUACAUUAUAUACACACUCACACACCUCUCCCUUCCCUGCUCUUUCCUGUUUUGUGUUGAACAAUCUUUUGUCAUGUGAAAGUUGCACUAAAGUUGGCCAUGUCUUGUUUUAUCCUUUUGGUGGAUAAUAAUUAUUUAAUAAACUUUUUUUAAAUUCACAUAA